AUGGCAACUCUCGAUACCCUCAAAAAGGCCCUCGUGAAGAAGGCAGCCACGACCACCACGGCAAAGCAGUCAUUGUCCGACGAGCAAUACAGUGCCGGUUUUGACUUUUUCUUGAAGGAUCCGGCAUGGAAGACUUAUCAGGACUUCAUCAUACCUCAGCUAUCGCAGCUUUUGAGUCCGCUCUUCCAGUCCCGCCUUCGCAUAUCUGUGCUGGAAAUUGGACCUGGCCCAAUGAGCGUGCUUGGACACUUGCCCGACGACCAAAGACAAAAGAUCGCAAAAUACGAUGCUUUUGAGCCGAAUAAGCUCUUUGCUUCUAGAUUGGAAGAAUGGCUUCGAUUCAAACCCUUCCCAAAUCUGGAACACGCCGCCAGCCUCGACCGUUCUGCUUUCACUUCGCGUGUCGAUGUGUACAAGACUCCCGGUUCCCAGGAGCAAAGAUUCGAUGUCAUCCUCUUCUGCCACAGCAUGUACGGCAUGAAGCGGAAACAUGAGUUCAUCAACAAAGCCCGUGACAUGCUUCCUGAGCGGCCGGGAGGUGGGAUGGUUGUGGUGUUUCAUCGUGACAGCCUUCAAAUCGAAAAUAUGGCCGCUGAUCGAACCUUGACCUUCCCCACAGGUGUGGUAAGCGUGCCAGACACCGACGAUGAUCUCGACUCUUUUGCACAAUUCAUCGCUGCCACACCUGAAAUCAUGACCGUCUUCACUCGAGAUCUGGGCUAUAGCGGGUACUUGUCGCGAGUGCAGGAGCCGAGGGCAGUGAAGAACAGACAGGCUGGCCGACGCCAUCCCAGGGGAACUAAACAGCCUAAGAAUCUCGAAUCUAUUCAACAAUGCGUGAAUUGGGCACUCAAGAAGAGGACGGGUUUGACUGUUUUGGGCGGCGGUCAUAGCGGUCAUUGUCUCUGGUAUGGCAUCACGGCGGUUGAUAUGGGGAUCCUGAAGAAUGUGUAUGUGGUCACAGCUGGGAAUACCAUGUCAAGUUCCCUGAUCGUCGCCGAGUCGGGUUGCAGCACUGGAGAUAUCAUCCGGAGAUGUGUUGCAGACGGUCUGACGGUACCUCUUGGGGCGCGACCCAGCGUGGGGGCAGGGCUUUGGCUACAAGGCGGUAUCGGCCAUCUGUCUCGGCUCUAUGGACUGGCGUGUGAUGCGAUUGUCGGUGCGGUAGUGGUCAGUGUCGAUUCCGGGAAGGUUCUCAGCGUUGGUCAUGUUCCCGAUCAGCAUCGACCUACCCAUGCAGUGCAGGUGGAUGGCAAAGAUUUGCUAUGGGCUAUCAAAGGUGCUGGGACCAACUUUGGCAUUGUCGCCAGUGUCACUUUCAAGGCCUGUCCAGCUCCAACAUAUACUGUGCGGAGCUGGGUCCUUUCAUUCAACGACUUGGUUUCAGCCAGGGCGAAGCUGAGGGAGUUUGACAACCUCUUUGCCAGAACCCUGCCUAGGAGCUGCUCAGCGGACGCCUAUCUUUUUUGGAAUCAAGACCGGUUGCAUCUUGGCGUAACAAUGUUCGAGACCUCCACUGCCACUAGUUGCGUCCCAUUGAUCGCUUUGACGACGGCUUACAAGAUUUUCGGACCGGAGAGAGGCAUUCAGACUGUGGACAGCAUGGGUGUGUUCGAUACUGAGAUGUACAUGUCGGAGAUGCACGGUGGUCAUGGGGGUGGCAAGACGUCCUCUUUCAAGCGAUGCUUGUUCUUGAAGAAUAUUGGAGAGGAUACUAUCACCACCAUCUUGUUGAAGGCCAUCGAAAGCCGGCCUACGCCACUAUGCUAUCUUCAUCUCCUCCAAGGUGGUGGUGCCAUCAACGACGUGCCAGCAGACGCCACCGCGUUUGGGUGCAGGGAUUGGGAUUUUGCGUGCGUGAUCACUGGUGUUUGGCCUCGUGAUCAAGAUGGGAGUAAGCAGGCUACAGCUGCUGUGUGCUGGGUGUAUGAAGUUGCUGAGAUAUUGCUGCCUCUCAGUACUGGCGCCUAUAGUACCGAUCUUGGGCCAGACCCCCGUGAUGCAGCUCUGGCAGCCAAAGCCUUUGGGCCAAACCUUCAGCGACUUGCUCGUCUCAAACAGCGAUGGGACCCCCACAACGUAUUAGCCUAUUCCUGCCCACUCCCGGCGCCGCCUAAAGACCCGAAACUCAUUGUCCUCGUCACCGGUGAAAGCGGCGCUGGUAAGGACUUUUGUGCUGGAGUCUGGGUCUCACUCUUCACCAAGAACAGCAUCACAUCGAGUGUCUCAAGCAUAAGCGAAGCGACUAAACGCGCAUAUGCCACAGCCAGUGGUGCUGACUUGAACCGCCUCCUUGAAGAUCGUGACUACAAGGAGCAGCACCGAACGGCAUUGACGACGUUCUUCCAAAACCAAGUUAACGAACGGCCUCAACUCCCACGGGAACAUUUCCUUGAGGUGGUGCAUGGUGCAGAUUCCGAUGUAUUGUUCAUCACGGGCAUCAGAGACAAGACGCCUGUAGUGGCAUUCUCCCCCUUGGUGCCUGGUAGCAAGCUUUUGGAGGUCAGAAUCGAGGCCAGUGAGAAGAUUCGACGGGUUCGCCGGGGAUUGGAGACGAGCGGUGACACUGAUGAGAAAGCUGAGAAGCACACGCCCAGCAUCACGAUCUCUAACAACGCAGAAGGGAAGUCCGCUGCGAUAGCGGCUUUUAGUAGGCAUUUGCUGCCCCUCAUGCUUCCAUCCCUCCAACGUCUGAGAGACAUAGUCCGCCAGAUCACUGACUUUCCAAAGACUGACAUCAACUUUCGUCAUAUCCUUGGAGUCUCCCAGACCCGCGGUGGAUUAUCGCUCUGCACAUCUCUUCUACAGACACAUUUCACUGGUGGUUGGUCGCAAAUCUCGUCGAUUGUAUGCGUUGAGACUGGUGGUUUCAUCUUUGCUUCUGCACUGGCGUUGAAAGUGGAUGUCCCGCUCGCUCUGGUGCGUGAGAGGGGCAAGCUGCCACCGCCAGUUGUUUCCAUGGCCAAGGACGUAUCGCAUAUCUCAGGUAUAACUGGAAAUAAGGAGCCUAAUGAGGUCAUGAUUGAAAUGGAGGUCGGUGUCAUCCCCAAGGGCGGAAAGGUGGUAGUGGUGGACGAUGUGCUCGCUACUGGAAAGACACUUUGCGCGGUACUCAAAUUAUUGAUCAAAGCCGGGGUGGAGAUGAAGAAUAUUUCUGUGAUGGUUGUGGCCGAGCUUCCGUUUCACAAGGGCAGAGAGUUGUUGUACAAUGAAGGUUUUGGCAGCGUCAGCAUUCAGAGUCUACUGGUUUUUGGGGGUGCUUAG